AUGACGGAUGUGCAAAAAUGCGGAGGAGCACUCUACGAGUGUGAAGAUAUGGUGCGCAAUUUGUUGGCAGUAAGGGAAGCAAGAAAAGUAAGGCAUAAUGUAUUAUGGAUCAUCAAGUUUUAUGUGCAACUCGUCAUCACUUACCUUCCCAAGCAGUUUGCGGAGCACGUGUUUCGGACCUUCGAUGCUAAUGGGGAUGGCACCAUAGACUUCCGGGAGUUCUUGUGUGCCCUUUCUGUUACAUCAAGAGGAAAAUUGGAGCAAAAGCUGAGGUGGGCCUUCUCAAUGUAUGACCUAGAUGGCAAUGGAUACAUCAGUCGACAGGAGAUGCUAGAAAUUGUUACGGCAAUUUACAAGAUGGUUGGCUCUGUGAUGAAAAUGCCAGAAGAUGAAAGCACUCCUGAAAAACGUACAGACAAAAUAUUCCGUCAAAUGGAUAAGAAUAAGGAUGGCAAACUUAGCCUUGAAGAAUUCAUUGAAGGGGCCAAGAGUGACCCCUCCAUUGUGCGUUUGCUGCAGUGUGACCCUCAAUCAUCUCAGUGACCUCUCUGAACCUAACCUCAUCUCUACUAAACUAUCUAAAUACUGUAUCUGAUAAAACCUUAAACUUGUAAUUACUACUCUUGGCCAUAAUAAACUUCCACAAUCUCUAAUAUCCCUUAACAUUAAAAACAGAAUCUUAAUAUUAGUAUCUUCCUCUAAACUGUCCACAGUCUCCCUGAAGCCCUUUAUUCCUCACCUUCCCAGGCAUUCUGCUUUUCCACUCUUUUUCAAUAUUUUUCAGAACCCCCUCUGCAUCGACUCCUUCCUGACCCACACAAGAUUCUCUGUUUUAUAGGUCAGAUUCUUUAUUUCCACACUCCCAGCUUCUCUUAGCUCUGAAGUGUCCCUAUGACAUCUUUUCCUGUCCUUAUCCUUAACUAGCCCCUGGAGGGUUAUAAGGACUAGGUGCUUACGGUGUGAAUCACACUGUCGCCUCGCUGUGUUGAGAUGCCGACCUCUAGCCCUGUAUCACAUUUGUGUUUGGCUUCAAUUGGCAUUGAACCUGCUAAAAAGAGCAAAUGAAGGGCUAUAUUUGUUUUAUAGUGUUAGAUAUGGGGCCUGAAUGUUUUAAGGGAUGUAACUUUUGUAAUGAAGGUGGGCCUAUGUGGGUUGUGUGGAGUGAGCAAUUGUACUGGGCAGGAGGAUGUCUGCUCCUGCUUAGCCCUCCUGUAUGUACUGCAUGUUACCUGCACAAAGAUUUCCUUGUCUGGUGCUCACCUGUCAGAGUCGGAAUAAGUAAGAACAAAAGUGUAGCAAUGCAUAGGGGUUGUAAUUUUUCAAUGAUCCCAUUGUACUUAAAUAGCGGAGAGUUGGCUUUACUCUGUCGGAUGUUCCGAGUCAUUCUACAUACCAGUUAUGUGUAUUCCAUUUCCAUUUUUAUUUACAUUUUGUCAAUUGCAUGUUAAUACUGGCAGGUGUUUGAUUUUCCCAUAUUCCAUGACAAGCUCCUGACAAAUUGGUGAUCAUCAAUUAGAAAAUUUUAUAUUUUUUAUCUUUUGUAAGAUUUAGUACAAUUAUCCAAGGGCUGGUAAUGAUUUGUAAAUAUAUAAAUAAAGAAGAAGGUAACUGAUGACAGUAAAGUUUUUUACAAGAAUUUUAGUUGAAUUUUAUAUUAAAAGAAUAUUUGAUCAAAUUUAUAUUAAUAAAUUAAUAGUAUGAUUGGUUAUCCAGGAGAUAUCUCUCCUAUAAAUAUUGCUUACCAAAAUAGCAGCUGCCUUCUCCUUUGUCUAGUGCACUUGUGACCUUAUGGGUAAUGCUAAAGCAUAACAAAUAUUUCCAUUUAGGUUAGUUUUAAUGAAGCACAAAAUUGUUAAAAAUAAAAGACUACGAAUUUGAUAGAAAAAAAAGUCAAGGUGGCUAUUGCUUAGUGACAAAUAUUUUAUUGCAAAUGUGUCGGAAGUAACGUGGAUAUGGGGGCUGCCAGAAAGCUACGCUUUUUGAUAUGAAUGUGAUCAAGUUUUCCCCUGCCUUUGCAAUCAGUGUGUAUUCAACAAUUGUUCUUGAUCUUUGU